GUGGCGAUGGCGAUGGAGGCGAUGGAGGACGAUCCCAAGCUGCCGGAGCUCAAGCUAGAUGCGAAGCAAGCUCAGGGUUUCAUCAAGUUCUUUCGCAAGCUGCCAGAGGAUCCAUCAGUGAUUCGGUUCUUCGAUCGACGGGACUAUUUCACUGCCCACGGGGACAAUGCUAGUCUUAUCGCCAGGCUCUACUAUCGAACCACGACCGCUCUUCGUCAGGUUGGAUCUGGGUCUGAUACUCUCUCCAGCGUAAGCAUCAGCAAGAGCAUGUUUGAGGUGAUCACUCGGGACGUCCUGCUGGAGAAGACCGAGUACAACGUGGAGCUCUACGAAGGCAGUGGAGGAAACUGGAAGCUCGCAAAGUCCGCAACUCCGGGAAAGCUUGGGAGCUUCGAAGACGUCUUGUUCUCGAGCAUCGACAUGCACGACACGCCGGUGGUGAUGGCAGUCUGGACAGUCGCCCGUGAUCAAGAGCAGCUCGUCGGCAUAGCCUUCACGGAUAUGACGAGAAGGACGCUGGGCACACUAGAGUUUCUAGACGACGAUCAAUACACAAACUUGGAGUCGGCUCUGCUCGCUCUGGGAUGCCGGGAGUGCGUUCUUCCUGCGGAAAAUGCCAAGAGCGUCGACGGUCGGAGACUCCGAGACGUGCUGGCUCGAUGCAACGUGCGACUGACUGAGAAGAAGAAGGCGGAGUUUAAGUCCCGAGACAUCGAGCAAGAUCUAAGCCGGCUUAUCAAGAGUACAUCGGUUGAGGAGCUCCGAGAACUCGUUGUCAAGUAUGAAGUUGCGUCAGCGGCAUUAGCAGCUCUACUUGCGUACACCGAUAUCUUCGCAGACGACAGUAAUCACGGGAAGUAUAGGCUUCAGCAGUACAGCCUCGACAGAUACAUGCGGCUGGACGCGGCCGCAUUGCGAGCGCUGCACGUACUCGAGUCCAAGAAUGAUCCGAACAAGAACUCGACCCUCUUUGGACUGAUGAAUCGCACGUCCACUGCUGGGAUGGGCAAGAGGCUACUGAACAGGUGGCUGAAGCAGCCUCUACUUGACGUCGAUGAGAUCAAACACAGGCAUGACGUCGUCCAGAUGUUUGUAGAAGACGCCGAGCUGCGGGAAAGUUUAAAGAACUGCCUCAAACGUGUGCCGGAUGUUGAGCGCCUGACACGGAAGCUCGAGAGGUCGAGAGCUACGUUGCAAGACCUCGUGAAGCUUUAUCAGGUAAGUGUUCGUCUCUCCGUCGUCAAAGAUGCUCUUGAACGUUAUGAAGGCGAGUUUGCGUCCGCCAUCGAGGAACGGUACGUCGUUCCGUUGAGAGAGUGGACGCUUGCUGAACAUCUCGGAAGAUACGACGCACUGAUCGAAAGCGCCAUCGACCUGGAUCAAAUCAAGAAUGGCGAGUACAUCAUUUCGGCAUCAUAUGACAGCAGCUUAAAAACCAUCAAAGCUGACCGUGAUGCUGUGGAGGAAGAGAUCCGUGAAGCUCAUGAACAAGCCGCGAACGAUUUGGAUCUUCCUGCUGAUAAGUCGCUGAAGCUGGACAAAACGACGCAGUGGGGGCACGUAUUCAGGAUCACGAAGAAGGAGGAGCCUAAAGUUCGCAAGAAACUUGCGGUGCAAUACAUCACCUUGGAAACUCGAAAGGAUGGGAUAAAGUUCACGACUUCCAAGCUUCGAAGGCUUAGCGAAAGAUAUGGGAACCUGACAGAAAAUUACACCAACACUCAAAGGGAUCUUGUUAAGAGGCUGGUUCAGGUUUCACAGAGCUACGUUGAGAUUUUUAAUGGUGCGGCAAACCUGCUGGCGGAACUGGAUGUCUUGUUAAGCUUUGCGGAUCUGGCUGUAAGCAGUCCCACGCCUUACGUAAGGCCUAUUAUCACUGGACAGAAUGAGGGCGAUAUUAUCUUGGAGGGAAGCAGGCAUCCUUGCGUAGAAGCUCAAGAUGACGUGAACUUCAUCCCAAAUGAUUGUCGCCUGAUUCGAGGCAAGAGCUGGUUUCAAAUCAUCACUGGGCCAAAUAUGGGAGGCAAAUCAACGUAUAUCCGUCAGAUUGGUGUGAAUAUCUUGAUGGCUCAAGUCGGCUGCUUUGUGCCCUGCUAUCGUGCUGAAAUCAGCAUACGAAGUUGUAUCUUCGCCCGGGUUGGAGCAGGAGACUGCCAGUUGCGUGGUGUUUCAACGUUUAUGGCAGAGAUGCUCGAAACCUCAGCGAUAUUAAAAUCUGCAACUGAGACUUCUCUAAUAAUUGUUGACGAACUCGGCCGGGGUACCUCGACUUACGAUGGAUUUGGUCUGGCUUGGGCAAUCUGUGAGUACAUAGUGGAUGUGACUAGAGCGCCAACUCUAUUUGCAACUCACUUCCACGAGCUCACGUCCAUUUCUCAUCGUCAAGGUCCAUCAGCUCACGGUCCCAGCAAAGGUCCUCCUGUAGGAAUCUCCAACUUUCACGUGAGCGCGCACAUAGAUCCCAGUUCCCGAAAGCUCACAAUGCUUUACAAGGUUGAAGAUGGCCCUUGCGACCAGAGCUUCGGCAUACACGUCGCGGAAUUCGCUCGAUUUCCAGAAUGUGUCGUCGCGCUCGCCAAGCAAAAGGCUGCCGAGCUCGAAGACUUCUCGCCACAGGCGAUUCUGGAGGACGAAGGCGACGCUGGAAGCAAGCGAAAGAGAAGCAGCAGUAGCAGCAGCAGCAGCGGGGACAAAGGCUGGAAAUUCCUCAAGGGCUUUGCUGCGAUGCCGCUGGAUCAGAUGAGCCACGAACACGCCUUGAAGAAGGUCCAGGAGCUCAAAGCCGAGUUCCUGGACGACCUUCCCGUCAACACUCUAGAAGCAGUAGCGUAAAGGUCUAUAAUAGUCUCAAGGCACGUUGAUUUUACAGGCUUUCGAUUUCUUUAACAGUCUCCUCAAAGCUUCCUAUACAUAUUUUGACUCUUCAAGAGUCGCUAUUUAACGUUGGAAUGGAAGUUAACGAAAAAA